AUGGCCGGCGCAGUGGCAGCCUUCACAGUAGACCUUCUGGUCUACCCUCUCGAUACGAUCAAAACGCGUCUGCAGAGUCAGGACUACAUCAAGACAUACGCUAAGUCCGCCUCUGCCCCGAAGAGCUCCAUCCAUGUCUUCCGUGGGCUCUACCAGGGCGUCGGCAGCGUCAUUAUAGCCACCCUGCCAGCAGCAGGCGUCUUCUUCACUACAUACGAAGCCGCCAAAACCUUCUAUUCAGGUCUUGUCGCUACGAGCCCGGUCCCCGUGCCGCAGGCCGUCGUACAUGCGAUUGCUUCCGGCACAGCCGAGCUUGCGUCCUGUUUGGUCCUCACGCCCUCGGAAGUGAUCAAACAGAAUGCGCAGAUGAUCCGCCAAAGCCAGGGCGGCCUGAAGGGCGGCAGCGCGUCUAUGCAGGCUCUGCGCAUGCUAUGGAAGAGCGAGGGCGGACCCGCACGGCGCCUGCUCACGGGGUAUACGGCGCUUGCAGCGAGAAAUUUGCCGUUCACAGCCCUGCAAUUCCCGGUAUUUGAGGCUACGCGGCGACGGAUCUGGGAGUACCGGGAUCGGACACGGGGGAGCAGCGGCCGUGGCGGCUCUACGAUGAUGGACGGGGAUGGUGGUGUCGGUGGAGGCGAGCGGAGACUGGACGGUAAGGCGUGGCGGGGCCUCCUCGAAACGGGCACCAUCACAGGCUUGAGCGCCGGGCUGUCGGGGAUGUGGGCCGCUACCAUUACGACGCCUUUAGACGUGGUCAAGACGCGGAUGAUGCUGUCUGCCGGUCACGAUACGGCCGAGACUUCCACGACGGCUCCUGCGGGUAGAGUGCAGAAGACGAGGAGUCCUACAGGUGGCUUGCAGAUGGCCCGAAUGAUCUAUCAGGAGAGAGGCGUACGUGGGCUGUUCCGCGGAGGCGCCUUCCGAGCCGGAUGGACAUUUAUAGGCUCUGGGCUCUACCUUGGUACCUACGAGAUGGCAAAAGUUUACCUGAAAGGGGACAAGGACGGUCGAGACGACGAUGUGAUAUGA